CAGAACCCCUUGGACGCCCAAGUUGCGUUGCGCCUCAAGCUAUUUCGGUAAUUUUGUCAUGUAUUCACAUAAAUUUUUAAUGUGCAAUAGCUUAAAUGGCUAAAAAGUAAUUUUCUUGGGAUUAAGACGGCACAUGAACAUGUAUCUCUCGUUUGCAAAUUUAAUCAAUUUAAAUGUUUGACAAUAAACCGAAAGACCUUGUUAAUUGUAAGAACUUGUGUCCUACCCAUUUGUAUAUGUUUUAUAUAUAUUUACAAUAAAUGUGUUCAAAUCAAAUCAACGAUAAUUCGUCAAAUUAUGUCAGAUAGUUUUUCAAUAUACAUUUUUACACAUAGCUUUAAUUAACAGGAAAAUAUCCAUUUAUAAUUUCUUUCAGGUCCAGGCUGAUGCAUUUUCAAAAGAAAAUACAGACACGCUUGAAAAACGCAAAAAGACAGGGCAAAUGGUUCCCUGAUCACUUUCAACACGAGACAGUAUGUAUGACUCGUAACGAUCCAGAGAAACCCAAGAACGUAGAGAACUAUUUUUCUUACCCUUCAAGACGUGUGCAAAAACCAGUACCUGAAGAAAACACAGAAGCAGAUUCAAGGCCAUCAAUAACUUAUUUAUUCUGGCAUGCAAAACACUUUGAGCAUUUUCAUUACCUUUACAAACUAGCCAGAGAUUGCGAGAAUCGCGUUGAAAAGCUGAAACAAAGCAAGGAUCUGGCAAACCGAAUGCCUGAAGAUGUUGUCAUCAAAAUAGGAAUAGUUGGAAAUUUUACAAAAGACAGUGUGAAACUUAUAUCGAAAAGAUCAGGACAAAGUCGUGUGUCAGAAGACCAACACAUAUGGAAAGCUCAUCCACUUGUUUGCUUUCUAAGCGGUACACCGCAACAAUCAUCUUUAUCAAAGAAAAAUGUAAAAAAUGUUCUGCGUCAUGAGAAAGCAUGUCACAGGAUCCUCAUCCAAUCUGACUAUUGUUGUGAUAAAACGGACGAAGCAGAUGAUUUUAUUAUCAGCGUAAGCCAAGACAAAGAUCAAAUCGAAGAAAUCAUCACCUCUUGCAUAGAGGAACCGCUUCAACACAUGCUACAAAAAUGGUCGGAGGAUCUUAAGCUUGAUCAUUUAAGGGGAAGUGCAUCAGAUGUCAUUGCAGAAAUAGAGGCUAUUCGUAAAAAGUUGGUUUCUAAUAAUAGUAUAAACACAGAAGUUGAUCCCAGUUUACCUAAUAGUAGUACGAAAACAGUUUUGCCUGGCAAUGUGAAGGAUUACUUGUUUGGAAGAUCUGAUGUCAACUCAUUUGGUUUAUGGAGUAAUUCGUCAUUCAAAGUAUUUGUCAAAAGGGCGACUAAUGUGAAAGAGCUAAAGGAUGAGUUGAUAAUGCUAAAUAAAGAUUUCUUUCAAAAAUAUCAGCUAGAUAUAGAAAUGAAAAAUUGGGCAGAGAUGCAAACCAUGAUAAAAGGCGAUAAUGUCCAAUCCAAAGAUAAAGCGACAGGAAUAAAUAUAAAAAGUGGUUCAGAAAUACCAACCAUGAUGCAAGGUAAUUCGAUUCAUUCCAAAGAUGGUGUUGCAGGAACCCUCGGAGGGUUUAUUACUAAAACUAACAAUGAUCAAAAGGUGUAUGCAUUGACUUGCAACCAUUUAUUUCCGGUAAAAAAUAUACCUGCUUUCACUCGUGAUUUCGGCGAAAUCGGUUCCUGUAUUUUCACUUCCAGGGACAAAGGGUGUGAUUUUGCUGCUAUUGAGAUAAAUGACAGUUCUUUAAGGUUCUGCGACGUGGCCUUCAGAAGAGAGGAUAAAAAGAAGAUCAAUGCAAAUGUUUAUUCUAACAACCUACAAACUGGAAACAUUGUACAUAAAAUAGGAACAACAACAGAUGUGACCAAUGGAAUAAUUGUCAGUCCCGAAUUUUAUUUAAAAGUAACAGACGAAUCCACUCGGGAAAAUGUUUUCCUCGUGAAAGGUACAGCCGGAAAGUUUUCCGAUGAAGGCGAUAGUGGAUCGCUAGUGUUUUGCAGACCAAAUAGUAUACAGCAAACCUAUGUUGAUGUCGUCGGUAUGGUAUAUGCCAGUGACCUUACAUUGCGCGGUGAUGACGACAAAGACGAUGCUGAAGAUCAUACCAAAACGAAGUCAAAAUUAUCUGAAGGGUCUAAGGAAGAGGGUGCUAAUAACAUUGAAAUAUAUACGAGAAAUAAACCAAGAUCGGGCGAAAGCGGUAAGCCAGACAAAGACAAUGAUACAGCAUGUAGUAUUUACCAAGAUACAUGCACGAAGGAUAUUUCAUUUUGUUAUCGGAUACACACAGCUAUUGACCUUUUUAAAGAGAAUCAAGGUGGUAAUUUUGAAGUAAAAUUUAAAGAUGAUGUGUCUUCGUCAGAAUCCGAGGAUUGAA